AUGGUGUCAGAUAGUGAAUACGAUAUUUUGGAUUAUAAUUCAAGUCAAGAUUCUUUCGAUAUCGAUUAUCAAAUUGAUCGAUUUGAAUUUCUUCGAUGUUUAAAAACGAAAAAAAGUAAACAAAAAUUAAAAAAAUCUUCAUGCCCAGUCUCAUUGAAAACUCUCAAAUCUCAACGAACAUUGGUUAAAAUUAAUUGUGUGAACGACAAAAUAACACGAAAAUCUGAACAAAAAUCAUUUCGCUAUAAUCGUUAUCCACAAAAGCAAAAGAUUUUCGAAUGUGAUGAACUGUUUCAAGAAAAAUCAACAAUUCCAACUAAUUCAAUAUCAAUAGAUUCAUCAAAACAAUUAAUAUCUAUUCAAUCAAAGGUCUCAUCAAAUUCCACGAAAAUACUUGAAGCUGAACAUUUAGAAAGUUUUUCAAACUUUCGUGGUCAUUUUUAUCAUAUUAAUCAUCAAAAUAUAAAAUCAUCUCUUCAAGAUCAUGCUAAUAUCAAUAUUACUGAUAUUCGUCUUGCACCAGUAUAUGAACGUAUUCAAAAUGAUUUCAUGAAAAAACUUAAUGAAAAUAGUUCUUAUUUUCCACGUUUAGUUUAUUAUGGAACAAAAUUAGACAAUAUCGAAAAUAUUCUUCGUUAUGGGUUUUUAAUACCAAAUCGAACAGUUCCAUCUAAUAAUGAAGCACCUAUUAUUGUUUCAGAACAUAAUCGAUCUUAUAGUACUAGCAUCGUUUCAAGUCAUUCUGCUGGUUAUUCAUUAUCAUAUGUUAAUGCUACCAAUACUCUUUUAGGAUGUGCAGCCAUACCGAAACGUAACAAAGUUAGAAAAAUUGAACAUUUGUAUGGAAAUAGAUUAGUUUUAUCUCAUGUAUCACAAAUUAUACCAUUAUUUUUAAUUGAUUUUAAAUAUAUAAAUUGUUCAAAUAUGAAUUAUCCAUGUUUUAAAGAAGAAAAACAAUGUAACAUGGAUAAGAACAAUGAAAUUAAAAAAUCUAUUAUUAUUUCAAGAAAAUAUUUACGACAAGUAUUAAAUUAUAUGAAUGAUGAAGUACGAAAGAACAAUCAAUAUCAAACGCGGUCAUUUGAAUUUUUUGAUGAAAUGCAAUUUUUACAUUGUGGAUAA